GUUCAAAUCUCUGCAGUUCCUCGUUGGUGCCAUUUUCAAAAACCCAAUCGGAGAAUCAGGGAAACGGAACUGGAAGGCCCUGCCGGACGACGGAGCUGGGGCCGUGUUCGGUUUUGCUCCGCCGCGUUGAACUUUUUUUCACGGCAAAAUCACCUCCCCUUGCAGGGUUGUUUGAUGGUUGCUUCACUACUGAAGCUGUAGAAUCUGCCGAUUUUCGUGCGUGUGGAACACCCUCUGCUUGCUAGAAUUCAACCUGUAUCUUUGUGACUCUGGGAUCACAGUAACUUGAGCAAUAUGGGGUCUCCGAUACGCAUCGGAAAUUUAAGAAACCCCAAUGAGACAAUGAGGCUUGCAGUGACAAUCUUUGUUGGAGCUGUAGUCGGGUUCUUUUUAGGAGUAUCGUUUCCAACAAUUUCGUUGACUAAGAUGAAUCUUCCGUCGACCCUUUUUCCUUCAAUUGAUCUUUCGUGCAUAGAGGAAAAGUACUCCGGGUUUUCACCCCAAGUGUUGUUGAGUGCCUGGUCUUCUUUGAAGGGAAACGAGCAGCGCACUGAAAAAUAUGUGUCUCAGGAGACAAAGAUUUGGGUUCCAACUAAUCCUCGAGGGGCUGAAAGCCUAGCGCCUGGUAUCAUUGCAUCUGAGUCGGAUUUCUAUCUUCACCGACUAUGGGGUCUGCCCAGUGAGGACUUACUUGUCAAGCCAAAGUAUCUUGUAACCUUUACCGUAGGUUGUGCUCAGAAAAAAAACGUUGAUGCAGCUGUGAAAAAGUUUUCAGAGAAUUUCACCAUACUUUUGUUUCACUACGAUGGUUUGACAAGUGAAUGGGAUGAGUUUGAAUGGUCGAAGCGAGCUAUCCACAUGAGCAUUCAGAAGCAAACUAAAUGGUGGUAUGCCAAGCGGUUUUUGCAUCCUGACAUUGUGGCACCGUACGAAUACGUAUUUAUUUGGGAUGAGGAUCUUGGUCUGGAACACUUUGAUGCUGAGAAAUACAUAAAAUUGGUAAAGAAACAUGGUUUGGAAAUAUCACAGCCAGGUUUAGAUCCAAAGAGUGGGCUAACAUGGCAGAUGACAAGGCGGAGAGAAAACAGCGAAGUUCACAUGCAGACAGAGGAGAGACCUGGUUGGUGCAGUGAUCCGCAUUUGCCACCAUGUGCAUCGUUUGUUGAAAUUAUGGCACCUGUGUUUUCUCGGGAUGCAUGGCGUUGUGUCUGGCAUAUGAUUCAGAAUGACCUGGUCCAUGGCUGGGGUCUGGAUUUUGCUCUUAGAAAUUGCGUUGAGGGCCUUCCAUCUUUUAUCUUUGCUUGGGAACAGCCUGCACAUAAGAAAAUUGGAGUCGUGGACGCGCAAUGGAUUGUCCAUCAAGGCGUUCCUUCACUCGGGAACCAAGGGCAAGCGGAGGGUGGAAGAGCACCAUGGGAAGGGGUAAGGGAGAGGUGUCAUAGCGAAUGGGCAAUGUUUCAAGCACGAAUGACCGGCGCCGAGAAAGCAUAUUUUGAGGAAAUGGGAGUUGAUCCUCCAAAUUCAACAGCUCAUUAGAGGGUUGAAAGUAAUGAACCGGGAUCCUCUCCGGAUCCCAAAAAUCUGAGUCGAAGGAUCCAACGAUCCAGGCCGUUGAAAUUUGAUUCAACGUUUACAAUUAUGAUAACUUUUAGAGGGGCUCCCUGUUUGUAGUUGUUAGAUCAAAUUUCAACGGUCCGGAUCAUUGAAUCUAUAGACUCAGAUUUGUUGGGAUCCGGAGAGGAUUCGGGUUCGAAAAUAAUGGUGACAGGAACUUGUACAAAUACAGCUCGACUGUACUUAACACAAAGUUACAUUCGGUCUGGCUAUGUAUUGUUGCUACGUCAAUACUAGUGCCUUUUAAGGUUGCA